GCCUGACCGUUAGGUUAUAAAAAAACCAACCCAACUCCACACUUUCCACACUCAAUUUUUCGACAUCAACAUGAACAAUCCAACUCUUAUAAUCUUCUUCCUUGUUAUUUUCUCCGUCUUCUUCGCGGCGUCGGCGGACGGCGGCGACGAUGAGCCGCUGAUCAUGCAGGUGGUGGAGGGCAGCGGCGUCCGGUUGGGAGCAGAGCACCACUUUUUGGACUUCAAGCGCAGGUUCGGGAAGGCGUACGCUUCCCAGGAGGAGCACAAUUACAGGUUCGAGGUGUUCAAGGCUAACAUGCGCCGCGCUCGCCGCCAUCAGAGCCUGGACCCUUCGGCGGCACACGGCGUUACGCGGUUCUCUGAUCUCACGGCGUCGGAGUUCCGGAAUAAGGUUUUGGGUCUGAGAGGUGUGAGGUUGCCUUCCAACGCAAACAAGGCUCCAAUUCUCCCCACCGAUAAUCUUCCCAGUGAUUUUGAUUGGAGAGAUCACGGAGCAGUUACCCCUGUCAAGAAUCAGGGUUCGUGCGGUUCGUGUUGGAGCUUCAGCACCACGGGGGCUCUUGAAGGUGCUCACUUUCUGUCCACAGGGGAACUCGUCAGUCUUAGCGAGCAGCAGCUUGUUGAUUGUGAUCACGAGUGUGAUCCAGAAGAAGCAGGUUCUUGCGACUCCGGGUGCAAUGGUGGAUUGAUGAACAGUGCUUUUGAGUACAUCCUUAAAUCUGGUGGGGUCAUGCGCGAGGAAGACUAUCCUUAUUCUGGUACUGAUCGCGGGAACUGCAAAUUCGACAAAGCAAAGAUUGCAGCAUCAGUGGCAAACUUCAGUGUCAUCUCACUAGAUGAAGACCAGAUUGCUGCCAAUCUGGUGAAAAAUGGCCCUCUUGCAGUGGCCAUCAAUGCAGCAUAUAUGCAGACAUAUAUCGGUGGAGUGUCAUGCCCAUACAUAUGUUCAAGAAGGCUUGAUCAUGGGGUGUUAUUGGUGGGAUAUGGUUCUGGUGCCUAUGCACCCAUUCGGAUGAAGGAGAAGCCAUUUUGGAUCAUUAAAAAUUCCUGGGGAGAGAACUGGGGAGAAAAUGGAUACUACAAGAUUUGCCGGGGACGAAAUAUCUGUGGGGUGGACUCCAUGGUUUCAACUGUGGCUGCUGUUCAUACAACUACUCAGUAGGAUGUUAAAUAGUUGACAUAAACUUAGUGUUUGCUAUCUGUUUUUCUUUUUUACUGUAAAACAUUAAUGGGUGCUCUUUUUUAAAAGCGGUGCCAAAACAAUUAACCUAUGCAACGUUAAACAGUUCUAGACCCUCUUUAUGUUAUGAACGAGGAAUUGCUCAAUUAACAAAAUAUCACAACUCGUUGUACGAUGA